AUGCCAAGAAGAAUGGCAGAAUGUUCUGAAGGUGGCAGUGGUACUACAACAGUCACUGAAGAAGUAACUGAGAGCCCCACGGUAUGUAAUAUUUUUGAUUGAAAUUUCCAACUCAUGGGGAACCCUGAGCUGAAUACUGCUGAAUGCUGCUUGCUCGUGGAAAAAAGCUGGCAUGAUUCACACCUGUUCAAUUUGUUUAUUGGAUGUUAUUUUAUUGUAUAAUGAUUUAAGUCCAAGUGAUGGUAGACAUUUUCAGAAUUGCUUGCCAAGAUAGGCAGUCAUAGUCAUCCGUCAUCAUUUAAUACUUUGCAUUGUAGUAUGACAAAAGAGAUAUAAUUCCUCAGGAAUAUUAAUUACUAGAUCCAGAAAGCUACAUUUUAUUAUAUAGAAAACACUCUCUUUUGUAGUCACUAUAUUCCCCAAAAUGCGGGAAAUCGCAGUUUAAGGUUUUGGAAUUUCAAAAUGUUCUAGGGUAGUACACCCUUAGACACCCUGCCAGGAGGGUCUCUCUCUUGCUUGCUCUGGUUUGGUGUUCUCAAGAAAGACUCUUCAUGAAUCGAGUAAGAUCUUUGCUCAGUAUGCGUGGCAUGUUGUUCAGAUAUAGUUUUGAACCCAGCCCUAAUAGCCAUGUGCUUGCUACCGUGAGCUCAGUUAUGACCAUUGGUUUAUCAAUGAAAGGAUGCUUGCACUUGAAAAAACCAGGUUGAUGAGAGAGAACGAGAUUGCCUAGUCCAGAAGUUUGGGUUGCGGCGACCUUAAAAGCUUGACGUGAUUCAGGCAGAGCCUACCUUUUGCCUUCCUCACACAAUGCACAAGAAGACAGUAAGAGGCUCUGCUUGGAGGAUGACACCCUUAGACUGCCCAAGAAGAAGGGGACUAAUGGCCCUUUGUUGAAACAGUCGGUUACUCUAGCUUUUCAAAUCUGCUGACUAAUUCAAUUUUUAAUGAAACCCCUUAUAAUAUAUUUAACCACUUUUUGAGUUCUCCUGUUUCUCAGUUAUACCAUCAGUGGUGAAAGCAUUUUUAACAUUAUAUUUCAUUCCUUCAUUUGCAGCAACAGCGGCUUUUGCUGAAAUUGAAGAAACCAAAGUUAGACAAGAAGGUGCAAUGGGAUGAAAGUGCUGUCGAUAAUGAGUUUAUGGGAAAGAAAAUAUCAAAAUGUAAAUAUCAACAUAUCUUUUGUACAAAGAAAAUAGGUCUGCCAAUAAACUGCCCCCUCAGUCAUUUUAAAUAGUAAACCCUCUUAAAACAUGGCCAGGUUUGCUAUGGCCAGAUGGUGUCUAUACACAAGUACUCCAUUGUUCCUGAAGUUAAACAAAAAGUGAUGCUGUUUUUAUUAAUUAAUUUGUGUGAUUAUUACAGUCGAACCUCGAUAUGCGACCUCCUCUCAUAAGCGACCACCUCCCAUAAGCGACCACCUAUCCAAAACACCAAAAGUUUCCCAGUCAAAGCUUUACAGUUGGAGCCUCUAGUAAACGACCACCUCCUGUAAGCAACUGCAACCACUUUUUGGGCCUGAUGGUUAAUCUGAUCCCUAUUUUCGCUGUGUGCACUAUGUUACUUAGAAUAUACAAAGAACUUUAGUGACAACAAGGAACUACACAUAUACUAACUUAGACAUUGCAUGCAAUAAAUUGUCUUCCAAAAAGACGUGCCUGGACCUCUUCUCGGAAGAGGCUGUCUGUGGUUCGAUUCUUGUAAUCCACCACCCCCCUUGAGCGACCACUCAGUCUUUGCAUUUUGGGUGGUCGCUUAUGGGAGGUUGUUUGGGUAGGCAAUAAUGGCUGACUGCUGUAGUAGUGCCUGGUGGCACCUAGUGAGUCACUUUUUUUGUCUUAGAGGCACAACAAGGACAUUAUAGCUUUAGCAUAAAAUGUAAGGUACCCUAGAUCAGAGAAUUAGACCCUGGCCUUCGCACAGGUUUUCUUGGAGCACAGCAUUGACUAUAGUCCAACAAAUGCUUAAAUAUUUGGGUGACUUAAUUUACCUUAAGUGUAUGAUUUUCAAUCAUCCUCAUAAAACACUCCUUUCUGUACCGGUUUGACAUGCGAAAAUCCACCUCAAGAACAUGAUGUUACGUUUUUGCAGGUUGUUGUAUUUAUUCCAAACCCAAAAUGUUUGGAGACUCUUCUUCUGAGAGNAGAGGCACAACAAGGACAUUAUAGCUUUAGCAUAAAAUGUAAGGUACCCUAGAUCAGAGAAUUAGACCCUGGCCUUCGCACAGGUUUUCUUGGAGCACAGCAUUGACUAUAGUCCAACAAAUGCUUAAAUAUUUGGGUGACUUAAUUUACCUUAAGUGUAUGAUUUUCAAUCAUCCUCAUAAAACACUCCUUUCUGUACCGGUUUGACAUGCGAAAAUCCACCUCAAGAACAUGAUGUUACGUUUUUGCAGGUUGUUGUAUUUAUUCCAAACCCAAAAUGUUUGGAGACUCUUCUUCUGAGAGUGACAGCGAUGAAGAUGGAUGUGCACACAAUGCUUACUGCACAGGCCAUAAAAAGAAAGGCCACAGAGGUCAUCAUCAUCAUCAUCAUCAUCACCAUGGUGACAAAGGAGAUGAAUCAGCCCCGAGUGGAGAUUCUGAACAAGGACCAAGCUUUAGUACUUAA